AUGAUAAAGAACAACCAAACUAUCAUCUCCCAUUUCCUACUCCUGGGACUACCAAUUCCCCAAGAGCACCAUUACCUGUUCUAUGCCUUGUUCCUGGCCAUGUACCUCACUACCAUCCUGGGAAACCUCCUCAUUAUCAUCCUCAUAAUACUGGACAUCCAUCUCCACACACCCAUGUACUUGUUUCUCAGCAACUUGUCCUUCACUGACCUCUGCUUUUCCUCUGUCACGAUGCCCAAGUUGCUACAGAACAUGCAGAGCCAGGACACAUCCAUCUCCUACAUAGGUUGUUUGACACAAAUGUACUUUUUAAUGGCUUUUGCAAACAUGGAGAACUUUCUUCUUGUGGCCAUGGCCUAUGACCGCUAUGUGGCUAUUUGCUUCCCUCUGCAUUACACCAGCAUCAUGAGCCCCAAGCUCUGUGUGUGUCUGGUGGUGCUGUCCUGGGUGCUUACCAUGCUUUAUUCCCUGUUGCACACCCUACUCUUGGCUAGAUUGUCAUUCUGUGAGGACAACAUGAUCCCCCAUUUCUUCUGUGACAUAUCUGCCCUACUCAAGUUGGCCUGCUCUGAUAUUUAUAUUAAUGAACUUAUGAUGAUUAUCUUGGGUGGGCUUGAUAUUAUCAUCCCAUUCUUCCUCAUUGUUGUGUCCUAUAUACAAAUUGUCUCUUCCAUCCUUAAGCUUUCAUCUACUCGGGGUAUACGCAAGGUCUUCUCCACCUGUGGUUCCCAUUUAUCUGUAGUUUCACUGUUUUAUGGGACAAUUAUUCGUAUCUACAUAUGUCCAUCAGCUAAUAACCCUACAGUCGGGGAGAUCGUCAUGGCCCUGAUGUACACAGUGGUGACUCCCAUGCUGAAUCCAUUUAUCUACAGCCUGAGGAACAGAGACAUGAAAGAGGCACUGAUAAGAGUCCUUUGCAAGAAGAAUAUCUCUUUAUAA